AUGGAACAAGACGAACCAUUAAACCCCGAUAGCCCCAAAAGACACUCUGACCCUGCGCCCUGCACAGCAGCAGGUUGUCGAAGUCCUCCACCAAGCCCCGCUUUUGCAUUCAGUGUUCCAGACCUGCGAGAAUAUAGGAGACGUAAUUGUUCGUCCAGCCCUGCUACUCGUCGAACUUCACAUCCUGCGACACCAACUCGUAGGCCACCACGCGCUCGUCGGUUCAGUUAUGGGGGGCCCAGGUCCUUGAAUGCAUCACCCCGUAUGGGGGCGCCCCAGCUGUCCCCAGUGCCCUUCCGAAGAGGAUCUCUGCACGAGGAAUCGAAAAUUGUUGUGGAAGAAGUAAGUGGGGAUUAUCAACGCUUGCGCAGCUUCAGUGUGACUUCGAGAGGUGUGGUGAAUCUUGGCGACUUGCUGAGGGCUCGCAGCCCAAGUAUAACGUCCGAUGAUUCUAACAGUUCUGGUGUUGAUGCCAUAGACAGCUGCUUCAGGGAUCGUUUGCCGUCGACAGAUUCAUGUCCGCCUCCCGCCAGAGUGUCUGCUUUGUUGCUUGGAUCGUCCGGAGUGGGUAAAAGCUCCCUGAUAGCCCAGUUUGCAACCUCAGAAUGCCUGACAGCGAACGGAGAAGAUACACCAAGGGAUGGCAGUAGUCGAGAAAAACUUAUUUCCUUGCUGGUGGAUGGGGAAGAGACGGAGGUGGUUUGUGAAGAUUCAGCAGACUCUAAAGGAGAGGUAGAUAAAUAUACUUUUAUGAGGCACGAUGCUUUCUUACUGAUUUAUUCUGUCACCGAUCGGUCAAGUCUCCACGCAGCUCUGCGCAUGCUCAAUAGAUUGAGAGGUCUUCAGGAUAGAAUACGAAGGCAGGGGGCGUCAUUGUCGACGAAAGUAUUUAUUCUGGUUGCAAAUAAAGUAGACUUGGUUAGAGGAAGAAUUGUUUCGGUUGAAGAAGGCAGGUCCCUUGCAGACAAAAUGGAAGUGAAGUAUAUCGAAACGUCGGUUGGCUUCCACCACAAUGUAGAUGAGCUUUUAGUUGGAGUGGUAACUCAGGUUCGUCUAAAGAGAGAGCAACAGACCAAAGAAGAAGAGGUAACAAAUCUUCCAAAUUUCCUGACCAGGUCAACUCUUCGAUUAACUUGCAAGGCUCGUGGAUUCAUGGAUCGUCUGUUACAGAAAUGCGACCUCAAAGCUAGGUCAUGUGACAAUCUCAAUGUUUUAUAA